GAUGCGGAGCGCCGGGUGCAGGCGCAGCCCGCUCGCUGCCCCGCUGCAGGAAUGUCCCGCUCCCCUCGCGAUUGGCUGCGGGGUGCUGGAGUCAGCUUUCACGGGGGCCGAUCAAAAACCUCCCCUCGGCUCUCCCGAGUGGCCGGCUGAGCUCAGGGAGCCGGGGGAGGCCGGGAGCUCUCGCAUUCCUCGAGAAAACGUCCCUCCGGUGGGAUGAGAGGGCUUCUCCUCCCUGCGAGGAAAACCAGCCCAGGACGGGCGCCGGCGAGCCGCGCUCCUGCUUCCGCGCCCCGAAUCGGCUGGAGCGGCCGUCCCUCCUGGCAUGCUCCUCAUCCCUGAGCACACGAUGUCUCAGUUCUCCACGAACUUCCUGCUGCUGCCCAUCCCGGAGUACCCCGCGCUGGAUUGCGCUCCCAACAGAAUCAUCAAGCUGGUGGUGCUGGGCGGCAGCGGCGUGGGCAAGACAGCCCUGGUCGUGCGCUUUCUCACAAAGAGAUUUAUUGGGGACUACGAAGCCAACGCUGGUGCUUUGUAUUCCAGGAAGUUCACCAUCGAUGGGGAGCAGAUCUCUCUGCAGGUGCAGGAUACUCCCUUUGUCUCACUGGAGGACGACGCGGACAGCAUCUGCUGCCAGGAGCAGAUAAACCGCUCCAUCUACUGGGCCGACGGCUUCGUCUUCGUCUAUUCCAUCACGGACUACGAGAGCUUCCGCGUGCUGCGGCCGCUGCACCAGCACAUCCGCAGGAUCCACCCCAACGCCAACAUCCCCCUGCUGCUCAUGGCCAACAAGGGCGACCUGCUGCGGGCCAGGCAGGUGUCCUCCAAGGAAGGGCUGCAGCUGGCCGCGGAGCUGGGCGGGCCCUACUGCGAGGUGUCGGCGCGGGAGAACGGCGAGGGCGUGCACGACGCCUUCCAGCAGCUGUGCCAGGAGCUCAGCAGGAGCAGCGGCAGCUGCAACGGCGAGAAGAGGAGAGGUCUCCACCUCGUGCGGCCCAAGUCGCCCAACAUGCAGGACUUGAAGAGGCGCUUGAAGCAGGCCCUGACGUCCAAAGGCAAAUCGGCCACCGCGCUUUGAUGCGGCCCGCACGGGAAUCGUGUUCCGGGGGCCCUGGGUAAAAACGCAACGAGCCGGGGAAAAAGGGGCGUCAGUUCGGCCACCAGGCUGUGUGAGAGAUUCUUUUGUUUGGUUUCUCAUCUUUCUCCAAAAGCCCCUGCUCGUUCAGCAGAGGAACUUGCAGGAUUUGCUCUCUGGGGCAGGGAUUUCGAAACUGUGGUUUUAAAAAAAGCGAUCAUCCCAGAUUAGUUCCUUUUUAAAUUUUUUUUUGGAAAGGGAUGCAGUCAAAUAUCUUGGUUUCUAAAGUGGGUUUUGUUAAUGAGAAUAAUGAAAUCUUACUUUUAAGAGACGUGACUGCCCUUGGGAAUGGUUGUGUUCCCAAGCACAGGCAGUGAACUACAGCAGGGCAUGAGGAGAGUGACGGGAGCUGUACUGAGCAAAGAAAAUGGACCAGAUCUGCUUCAUUGCAAGAGUGGAAAAUAAAUGAAUGAAUUCACUGAAAUGAAGAGUAUUAAUUGAAAGAAAGAGUUCUGAGCAAUGGGAAGAGAUUUGUUCAUAUGCAAACUUAAGCCUUACAUUGUCUCUUUAAAUGGAGAUUUUUUUAAAAAAAUUCACUGUUUUUUCAGAUAAUUUUUGUUUAAAAGCACAGUGACUGCUUUGAAAGUGAUUAUUUGAGCAAAAUACAAACUUGUGGCAGCGUUUUCUAGUCAGUUUCUCCAUGGCAUUUCUCAUUUCUCUGAAGGUUUCUUACAUGGCAAAAGGGAAAAAUAGAUCAGAGUGGUUUAAAACCUGCCAAAAAAAUGGACUGCAGUGAUCAAGAGCAAGGAGGUCACCUAAAACUCUUAACUUUUAUUUUUCCCAAGCUAGUUAGGCUUCAAGUUAAAAAUGCCUUUAAAGAAACAAAGCCUUCACAUGAAACAUAUUUACAUCACUGGGUUGUCCGGGGGGGGGGUUUUAAGAAGAAAAGGUUUUAUGAUGCCUGAAUUUUUUUGCUUUGAGAAUUCAUUAUUUUGUUGUUUUGAGUUCAACCCAGGCUUCCCAGAGCAUCCCAGCCUGUCAGGACAUAUCCCAGUGGCAGCGUCUGGUUGUGCCGCAGCACGCCCGAGGAUUUGGGGCUGUAUCCCAUAAACUGAUUUAUGGCACCAGUAACAGCACCACGGAGCUCCCAGCACUCUGUUCUCGGUCAGACUGGGGAGGAACGGGCUCGGACCAUGGAAAAUUCAUGAUUCUCACCAACCUCUUCUUCAAACAGAGCGAUUCAAGGACCAUGAAAUGAAGUCAAGCUCAGUGAUUUAUACUCAGGGACACUGGAGGGAAACCCGAGUUUGAUGGAUAUGGAAAAACACUCCCAGCUGCAGUUUCAUCUGGCAAGACUGAGCUAAAUCAACUUUUUUCUUCAUUAGGAGCAGCAAAAAUGGAAAUGGAGUCUGAUGAGUAUUUGUAUAGCUCAGGGCUUGUAAAUGAACUUUGUAUUUUUCAUUUCUCUAUUUUAGACAGCUCUAGCCAUGAUUUUAUCACCUGGAUUUGCCUUAUCUCCAGCCCACUUUCUGUUUUAUUUAUUGUUUUCCACAGCUGCUCAUCUGAGAAUGUCUUGUGUUUUGAUUCAUUUAAGAGUCUUUCAUUCCCACAAAUGACCUGCACCUGUUUUUAAAUUCAGUUUUGAGUGGUAGUAGGAGGGGAGAAGGUGGAUCAUCCAAAAAGGGACUCAAAUUAUAUCAGGGAAUUUUUACUUUGGCUUAUGCUUAAUUAACAGUUUGGUGUUUGAGCAGUGUCAAUAAUCAUCCCAGGCACUUUGGUAUUUAUGGCACAGAAUUUCAGUGUUUUAAAUUAAUAAUAGCACAAAACUCAAAUAUUGAAUGUGAAGGUUCAAUAGCUCAAAUAUUGAAUCUAGAGAUUCAAUGCCUCAAAUAUUGAGUCUAAAGAGUCAAUAACAUGAAAUAGAGCAGUUUGCAAGACACAGAGAAACGGAAUUAUUUUUGUGCUGGAAAAAUGAUCACCAAUUUUGAACAACAAUUAACAAUUUUGCCGCUCCAGUACUGUAUUUAACAAGGGCUAAAUUUGCUGCAGACAAUUUGCUGACAUUGGUUUUCACGAAAACAUGAGAGAAUUUGUGCUCCUGCUUGGUAGAUUUGUUUGCAACUUCCUUCAGCUCAAACCCUUUCUGGUUUGAGAAGAAAUGUCACCAAAAUUCAAACUUGUCAAUGUCUUUGUUUCGUUAGUGAUUAAUAAAAACAUGUAAGGUCUUCCCUGAGUAGUGG